AUGGUGAUUACAAAUGUUCCACAUUUAGACAUUGGAGACUGGCUGAAGAGACUAGAAUUACUUGACUACGAAGUGAAUUUUCAAAAGUUUUUUGGAGUUGAAGAUCUAAUAGAAUUAAGCGAAAGUGAUAUUAAAGACUUAGGCAUAAAGAAUUCAGCUCAUCGUGCAAGAAUCGUUUCAAGUCUUGUUGCACUUAAAGUUGAUUUAAUGCCAUAUGGAUUAAAACAAGUUUUUUUCGUCGCGUAUUACUGUUACACUUUAAGUCUCACAUAUGAUGUCGAAAAAAAACUUUAA